GUUGGCCUCAUGACAAAAAAUUCUUGACAACCCAUAGCAACUUUACCAUAUCUUUCAUUUUGUUUGUUUCCUCUCCUCUUAAAGGUACAGCAGAAGACAAAAUGCUCCCACAAAACCCACCAAAGCAUUUGCUCAUUCUUUUCAUUGUGUUAACAUUCUUUACUUCUUGUUUUGGCACUUACCAAGAAAACCCAUUUGCCAAUUUUCUUGAACAUGACAGAAAAAUGAACUCCAAGCCUGUUUAUUCUAGCUUUUCCAAGCUUGUUAGGCAGACCAAAACUUCUACCACUACAAGUUCAUCAAAGAUUGUAUUGAUCAAUGUGGAUGAUUAUGGAGCUCAAGCUAAUGGAAAAGAUGAUAGUGAGGCAUUCAAGAAAGCAUGGGACAGGGCUUGUUCUUCCAAACAAAGUGCUACUAUUAUUGUCCCUAAGAACAAGAUUUAUCGUCUUAAGCCUGUCACAUUUUCAGGUCCUUGCCAAUCUGAUCUCAGAUUCAAGAUUUAUGGAACAAUAAAAGCUUCUGCUAAAAUGAGGGACUAUGAAGAUGAUAGAAAUCAUUGGAUUGUAUUUGAUAAUGUACAAAAUCUUAGAGUUAAAGGUGGCGGCAUCAUCAAUGGCAAUGGCAGAACGUGGUGGAAAAACUCCUGCAAAAUCAACAAAAACAAUCCCUGUAAAGAUGCACCAACUGCUGUCACCUUCAUUGAGUGCAAGAAUUUGAUAGUAUCAAACCUGUGGUUCCAAAAUGCACAACAGAUGCAUCUCACAUUUCAGAAAUGCACGAAUGUGAGAGCUUUGAGUCUCUUGGUGACUGCACCAGGGAAUAGCCCUAACACUGACGGGAUCCAUGUCACUGGCACCCAAAACAUUAGAAUAAGAAACUCUGUCAUAAGAACAGGUGAUGAUUGCAUAUCAAUAGUAAGUGGGUCAAAAAAUGUUGCAGCCACAGAUAUUAUCUGUGGACCAGGACAUGGAAUAAGUAUUGGUAGCUUGGGAGCUGGUAAUUCAGAAGCUGAAGUUUCAAAUGUGUUAGUUAAUAGAGCAACACUUUCAGGAACCACUAAUGGGGUCAGAAUUAAGACUUGGCAGGGAGGGUCUGGAUAUGCCAAGAACAUAGCAUUCCAAAAUAUUGUAAUGAAAAAUGUUUCCAAUCCUAUAAUUAUAGAUCAAAAUUAUUGUGAUCAGGAUGAUCCAUGCCCUGAACAGAAAUCAGCAGUGCAAGUAAGCAAUGUGAUAUACAGGAACAUACAAGGAACAAGUGCUUCAGAAAUGGCUAUGAAAUUUGAUUGCAGCAAGACCUUCCCUUGCCAAGGAAUUUUGUUGCAGGAUAUUAUUCUAGGAAGUGUUGAAGAUGAAGUUGCUAAAGCUUCUUGUGUUAAUGUUAAUUUGGCUGAUAGAGGGAAGGUUUCUCCUCAGUGCUCUUGAAAGAGUUCUUGUAUGGAUUUGAUUAGAUGCCAUUUUAUUUAUAAAUUUUAAUUAUUUUUAUUUUUA